AUGGAUUCAUGUUACCAUGAUCAGGGUACAGCAGAGAAUCUGGUCGACCAUGAGAAGCACUCGAAUCAGCCACGGUCUACUAUGGAUGAAAACAGACCCAAUCUACCCAACCCGCGUCGUGUCGCUUCCUUGGCUGCUUUCGACCGAGACCUCGAUUCAUCCGAGUCUAUUCCAAGCGACCAUAGCUCCCUAUACGAUGCUGCUAGAGCAAGCUUUGCGCUUGAAGACGAGGAUCAGACUCUCAGUCAUGGUGUAAAACAGGACAGCGAGGUUAGAGGUGGGAAGGCCGCCAAUGCUCGGUCUUUGGAUUCGUCUGCAUUAUCACCGUCGCAUUUAAGGUCGAAUGGACCUCCUCAUCCCCUGGAGACGAUCACUGAACAGCAAAGCUCGUCGACGCUACGGCGUUCCCGUUCGGUUUCGCAGGCUCAUGAGAGUCAUGCUGGGAGUGAUUCGCCAUCAAAGGAACCCAGGCGGUCGAGCUUUGCCGCUGCCGAUCGAGUGCGACGCCGCAAAAACGUCUCCUUCGAUGAGAGUGGCAGUGACUUUGGGGCUUCGAAUUGGCAGCAGGGCAACUAUUCCCCUGCACUUCCUACUCAACCUGUAUAUCCUCCUCCUGCCCGAUCCCCAACUCCGCCUGGACUGCCGUCUUUCGGCUCUAUUGAGGCUCUCAAUUACUCUUCUCGCUUCACAAUUGAAUCCAGUCCGACGAGUCAAGGUAGACAACGUCAACGAAGCCCCGGGUCCACAGAUGGGUUCUUUCGGAGGAGGAGUCAGGGCGGAGCACUACGAAGAUUCUUAGGUUCCCUGCCACCAUCAGGCUCUUCAACGACACUUCCGAUGCAUGCCAUUGCCAGAGCAGAUGAUGGAACCGCUGUCCGUGGGCGCUUUCCAUACCGGCAGAGUGGUCAUGGUGUGGACUUGACGAGGUCGCUUGAUCGACAUCCCUUUCACAGAAGCCAUCUGCCCGUCGCCACACCUAUACAUCCAGAUUCAGUGUCUCGCACUGGUGAAUCCAGAAGAUCAAAAAGCGGCGACAGCCAUGAGGGAUUCAGACCUCCCGUUGACUCGCAGGUACAAACUGUUGGGUCGUCUCCAUCUAAUCCUACUGCAGAACGCCCUGAGACAGCCGAGCCACGGACAGUGACUGUGACAUCUGGGGUCGGGGAACGACCUUUAUCAUCAUCUCAGCAUAUCUUUGAAGCCCAUGUGCCACAAGGAUACAACAGAGUUUGUCCUCCUAGCGGCAAUGCGAGCCGUAACACUCCUGUGGUUCCAAGCGUUGGUGCGGAGGCAUUAAAUCCAGUCACAUUGCCAGUAGCAAGUCCAGGGAUGGCAACCACGGACGGGACGUCAGAGACGACAGGUGAUAACCACCGGAAGGCCACAAGUUUUUGGAUAGGAGUAUGGAAGAACAUUACUGACGCGUUUUGCUGUGUGGCGGAAGAGGAGGAAGAGGAGGACACGACCAGAGCGUUAUAUAGGGACGGGAACCAAGCAUCAUUGUCAUCCACAGCACUGGCUGGUCCACAAUCGCGCACUCGCGGAAGCGAGGUCAGCCAGGCCGGACGUCGAUAUUCUGGCCCGUGGAGACCAGCGUAUGGAUUUCAUCCGGGGGAGACGUCUGCCAGUUCGAACUGGAUCCUCAAGUUCGCUCACAGGAGGUCUUUUGACCCAUGGAGAAAUAGAAACCAUAUCCUAGACAAACUCACUAGCAUGUUAGGUAUAUGUACUGACAGUCCAGUCAGUACAGACAAGACAGACAGACAGUCGGUCUUAGUAUUAAUUACUAAGUACUACAAAAGAGAAAGAGAAGAAAGGCAGGCAGUAGGUAUAUGGUAUGGCAAGAUGAAUGGGAAAGAGAAAAAAAAACAAAAGAAUGCUUUACACACACAGAGUCCGAAAAGAAAAGGGGAAAAAAAGGGGAAAGAGGAGAAAAGAGGAGAAAAGAGAAGAGAACAGCAGAGCAGAGAAAAAAAAUGA